AUGUUUGAACCAUCUUAGGCAGUGACAUUGUCCAGAUGGACAGAAAGUAAGAAGAGACCAUGGCAUCAGCUUGUGUGUCCCCCAUUUGUUUUUAGUAGACAGACAGCAUGUCCUGUGGAUCUCCAGCAGUUAGUACAGUGCCUGGUACAAGGCUGUUGUCCCGGCCAUUUUUGUUGAAAUGACGUGGCUGGAGCUCUCAGGACGGUUACAGUCAUCAGCAGCAGGUGUGAAACAGCAGGUAAGCUCUAGUAUAGUUGCAUCUGGAGACAGAAAGACUCUGGGCAUGGUUGUCGUAGACUGUUUGUAGAAGGUCUAGGAAGGAAUAUAUAGACUUCCACUGUGUUUGAAUCACUGAAAGUACAAAGAAACUAUGUCUCUUUUGUUCUGCAAAGAGAUUAUUGAAGGUCACUCUUCUGACAUAAAGGGGGCAGAAGCUGGAGUGGAUGUGGUCAGAGGAAGAGAAAGAAAAGUAUGUCGAAUUCACAGUGUGGAAUUGUGAAGUGAGAAACAGACCUAAAUUCGGUUUGGAGUGAGAUAGGGACAGUAGUCACUUGCAAGGGUGACAGGGUAGAAUCCUCAGUGUCACUGAAGUGCUGUGUUGUGGAGGACAUGUUUUUCUUUCCUGGCUUCAGAGAACUGCUGGCUCAUGUUUGCUGAGCACUGGCUGUGGACAGGACUUUAUACCUGCCGCGGCAUUCAACCCUUACAACAGCUUCAUGAACUAGGACACACAACGAUCACCUCCAUUUUUCUGACGAGGAACUGAGAAAUUAAGUAGCCUGCGCUAUGACACAGUUUGGAAAUGGCAGCCAGGUGCUCUGACCACUGCUAAGGCAAAAGGACUCCUGUGGAAGAUGGACGUCUUUGUUUAUUUUCCAGACUGUGUUCCCUAGCCCGUCAGUGAAACAUGAUACUGCUGCUCGGUGUUGAGAUGCUUAAAGAACACCCACUUGCCUGCUGGCGCCUUCCAUCCUACUGAAACCAUGGUCUUCUCCGCAGUGUUGACGGCGUCCCGCACUGGGCCAACCAACACCACGUUUGUAGUCUAUGAAAACACCUACACGAAUGUUACGGUCCCCCCACCAUUCCAGCAUCCUGGCAUUGGUCCACUGCUGAGAUACAAUUCUGAAACCAUGGCUCCCACGGAGAUGAGUUCCUUGACGGUGAAUAGCACAGCUGUACCCCCAACACCAGCAGUUUAUGAGAGCCUAAACUUGCCCCUCCAAAUCAUUCUUUCUGCUAUAAUGAUAUUUAUUCUGUUUGUGUCUUUUCUUGGGAACUUGGUGGUUUGCCUCAUGGUUUACCAAAAAGCUGCCAUGCGAUCUGCCAUUAACAUCCUUCUUGCCAGCCUGGCAUUUGCAGACAUGUUGCUGGCAGUGCUGAACAUGCCCUUUGCUUUGGUAACUAUUCUUACUACCAGAUGGAUUUUUGGGAAGUUCUUUUGUAGGGUAUCUGCUAUGUUUUUCUGGUUAUUUGUGAUUGAAGGAGUAGCCAUCCUGCUCAUCAUUAGCAUUGAUAGGUUCCUUAUUAUAGUCCAGAGGCAGGAUAAGCUAAAUCCAUAUAGGGCUAAGGUUCUGAUUGCAGUAUCUUGGGCGACUUCCUUUUGUAUAGCCUUCCCUUUGGCUGUCGGAAACCCUGACCUUCAGAUACCUUCCCGUGCCCCACAGUGCGUGUUUGGCUACUCAACCAAUCCCGGAUACCAGGCUUAUGUGAUUUUGAUCUCUCUUAUUUCUUUCUUCAUACCCUUCCUGGUGAUCCUCUACUCAUUUAUGGGCAUACUCAACACCCUUCGGCACAAUGCCUUGAGGAUCCAUAGCUACCCUGAGGGUAUAUGCCUCAGCCAGGCCAGCAAACUGGGUCUCAUGAGUCUGCAGAGACCCUUCCAGAUGAGCAUCGACAUGGGCUUUAAAACACGUGCCUUCACCACCAUUCUGAUUCUCUUUGCAGUCUUCAUCAUCUGCUGGGCCCCGUUCACCACCUACAGCCUUGUGGCAACAUUCAGUAAGCACUUUUACUAUAAGCACAACUUUUUUGAGAUUAGCACCUGGCUGCUUUGGCUCUGCUACCUCAAGUCUGCAUUGAACCCACUAAUUUACUACUGGAGGAUUAAGAAAUUCCAUGAUGCCUGCCUGGACAUGAUGCCCAAGUCCUUCAAGUUUUUGCCGCGGCUCCCUGGCCACACGAGGCGCCGGAUACGGCCCAGCGCGGUCUAUGUGUGCGGGGAGCACCGGACAGUGGUGUGAAUGUGGGAACUGCCUGACGUUUUGGGUGAUGGUGGUUCUUUAUCUGACUCUGAACUUUCUUUCAUAUGGCUGUUGCACUUACACUUUACUGUUUUUCAUAGGUUCGUGUGUAAGUGUGUGUGUGCAGUAUAAAGAAGGAAUGGUGACCAGUUAUAAGUCUGUUAGCCAGGAUACACAAAAGGGAAGUGAUCACCAAUGUUACCUCCAGGAUUCAAGGGAAAUCCUUGAUUCAGGGUGGGGAGAUAGAUGGUUUUUGUUCCUUUGGUUGGCUGUGUUUCGGAGGUAGGAAUCAGGAUUGUGCUUCACUGAGCCUGCAGUUACACUGAAUUGUAGGUGUUUGGUAUGUUGCUCAGGUGUACUUAGUUGAGUUUAUUAAUUCUUUCUCUUCUGGAAGACACUGCUGCUUUCUGCCAUCAUAUUGGAGCCAAAAACCACAUACAUCUCAGUGGAUAAACAUUUACUUUUAUUUUAAAAAAUAACCCAAGGGGGUUUGUGACAUUUCAAAGGUCAUUAAUAUUUGCUUUGGUGCACUUUAAGAAACAGUGUACAAGCUAAUUCAAUCGUGUUUUUCCGAAUUGUUUUUAUACAUGACACGUUGUACUUUAGGAAACACUGCAUUAUCAUUUCUAAGAAGAUUUUUAAAAAUCUUUCAUCUGCAUGCGCAGUUUUAAAGGAGAGAACGUAGAAAUGUAGAGAUUUUUCUAAGCACAAUAGCAAUUCUUCAGAGUAAUAGGGCAAAGUUAAGGAGACAGAGCACCCUUUCAGAUUUAAAUGGGGUGCAGUGAGGGGCAGCUGCUGUGGGCUGAGGGGAUUCCUUUUACUCAAGGGUUCUCACUGAGUCCAGCAGGGCCGACCACUUACUGGACACUUACCAUGUGCCAGGCACUGUGCAUUUUUUAUCCUCACAGCAUCCUGUGAGGUAGGUAUUAUUUCUUCCUUUUUAAGGUGAAGAAAGCAAGUCUCAGAGACUAAAAUUCUACCCAAGGUUAAUGGUAGAGCUGCAAUCCAAAAUAAUCCAUCAGAGUCCUGGGGCUACAGAGCCAGCACCCACACCUGAACUUAGUAUGUCCUUUUAUUUCAUAGACUAUAAAACCUUCAAAAAUAACUUCACUUUAUAAUUACUAAAAGGAAUGUGAAACUGUUGUAAGAAAGUCCGGGGGAUAUAAAAUGAAAUAAAGUCACUCCCAAUCUCCCUUUCACAGUAGAACUUUAAAAUCUUAGAUAAAGGAGGCUAUCAGAAAAUAAGGUGAUUUUUUGGUUUACAAAACAAGUGACUUAACAGUUACGGAGAAGUGAAAUGCAGCUGUAUGUAGGUUCUGGCCUUGUGGGGUUUGAGGUUUCCAGUUGUGCAGCUGUUUCUAAAUAUUUCGGGGCUUCCAGAACAGCACUAUUACCUGUGCUUGCCCAGAGCAGCGCUGGAGUCUGUGAAUGCGCUCAGAGGUGAGUCUGCCGCCAAGAAGCAAAUCUAAGCCUUGCUCUGGGCAUAGAGCAAAUUGUAAUAGGGCGCGUCUGGGGUUUCAGAUGAUUAUUUUCUUGCUUAUGAUCUGACCCCUGAGGUGCAUCUGGACCCUUUCUUUGGUCCCCUUCUCUCAAGCCACUGGUAUACUCUAUACAGUAGCUGACAGGGGUAGGGCUUCAGGCGGAGGCUGUGUGUAAAGGGCUGAAAGUGUAGCCUCUUGGCUAUGUCAUGGGCUUUAUAAAUAGGUAAAUUAGCCAUGAACACUUAAUGGAUUUAUAAAAGCUUUUCUGAAUUUUAGUGCUUUGUGAGCCAGUGGGGAAAAUGGACCUCUAUUUCCUCAGUUAUACAGCCAGAGAGCUGGAUUAGAUGGAUGUAAGGUCUGGCCCAGCCAUAGUGUGUUUUCCUCCAUAUGAAAGUGGAGAUUUUUGGAGAACCCAGAUGAGGACAGCCUCACUGUUUGGUCUCCAGUAUUACUUCUUUACACUUUAUUUUACUAGCUAUUUCUGAACAGUGAGCGUCUGAAGAGCACGUGGCACAGUGUCAUCAGGGGUUAGGAUGUUGGCAGGUGGAUCACAUCACAAAAAAGACCUGGGAAACCUUGCUUUUGGAAUUGAAAUGGUGUCGGAACUCAUUCUCCUGUUAAAGAGCGUUUUUUUGGACUCAAGUGUAUUAUUUUUUAACGUGCUGGUUUGAAAUCAUCUGAUGAUAGUCACCUACCUCUGGUUUCUGCUUAAGUUCUUCACAGGUAAGAAUUUUGUGUCCGUAAGUAUCUCACAGAACACAAACACAGUGGUAAAUAGUAGCAGCAUGUAGAAGGGUGUCUACUUCCCAUUGUCAAUAUAAACUGGAUUUCAAGCAGACAUUAAGUAUAUUUCCCUCGACUUUCUCUAAGGAAAGUUAGCAUGCUCUGUAUUCAUCUUACAUAUUGGCAGUAGGCCUUGAGACUCCUUUUAGGUUGGAGUUGAAACUGAGCUUUUGUCGUAUUUGUCAUUUUUUAUGAGCAAUCCUUAGGUACUUUUGUGCGGCCUGGUAGGCAGUGUUACCAUUUGGAGAGAGCCCUCGAGUGCCUGCUGAGAUGCUCGGUGUUUGUGAAAGAAAACGGAAGAAAGGAGCCUUUGUGUGAAUUCAGCAACACCGCUCAGCAGUUCUCUUUACACUGGAUAAUCUUGAUCAGAUGGCAGUUUACAAAUCAUUUUGAGCGUUUUUUAUUAUGUAUACAUUUUGAAAGCUUUUUAAAAAGUACUAUGGAGUACCUUUGAAAAACUUAGGUGCAGACUCAUAUGUUGCCUCUUCCCCUAUAUUUUCUUGAGGGGAAAAUAAAUACCACUACUAAUUAUCACCACUGACUGACAUAAUCAGAAAUGUUUUGUUUUUAUUUUUCUUCUGGCCAAUAGGUAAGAAGCAUGAAAGACAUAGUGAAAUAUUUGUGGUCAAAAGAAAUCCCUAAUAGUCUGCAGUAGUCAUGUGCAAACUUCAAUAUGAAUAUGUGUCUAAGUGUUCCCAGGGGGGCAUCAACAGUGCAGCUGCCCAGGACCCCCAGAGGGUCUGGGCUUGGGCCCAGGAAUGCAUGCUUUUAUUUUGUUGAGCACUCUCCCUGAUUGUGACUCAGGCGGUCCCUGGGGCAUGCUUCAAGAAAUGCUUCUGUUGAAAAUAUAUCCACUUCCGCAUUGUCUGUUUUGUGUUGGAAGCCAUUAUCUUCCAGCGCAUGGGUGACCCUAGUUAAGAGGAAAGUCUCCUUGUCAUUGAGCCUAGCGUGCUGCCAUGCAAGUUAGUGAGUGCUGGAUCUCACCAGUGUCAGCUGUACCUUCUUCAUCUGGCAAAAUUCUGGUCAACCGAUCUUGUUUCACAGUAGAGCAAAAAGAGUGACUUAAUAUUUGAAAGUCAUGACUUUCUGGAGUCUAAUUCCCCUAGUAACUUCUUUUCUCCUAGACCGAGGUCUUUAUUGUAUGUAACCUCCUGAAGGGUAUGAGGGGAUUGUAAAGGUUCAUCUAAUUCCUGUUGCUCUGCUUAUACCAGUUGUGUUCAAUUGAAGCAUGAAGAAAAUAAAAUAACGUUUUAAAUCUGUGUAAUUUGGUUGCUAACAAAGAUAUUUAAUUUUUCAUCUUUGCUUUUGUUUACAUUGAAAAUAUUUACACAUAUAUCACAGAAAAAUGUUCACUUCACAUUUUAUUCUUCCAUGAUUUUAGUUUAAGUUAAAGGACUGCUUAGUUCAAAUUAUUUUCUGAACCAUAGUCCUUCUAAACUGCCUUUAUUGAAAACUCAGUUUUUAUAAUAAAAAUAUCAAAACACUUGUUUGUUAUUACAGAUAAAUGGUAAUGCAUUUCUUAGAUAUAUAUUGGUACUAGUACUUUGUAAUUAAAAUAAUUUAUUUUACAAUUGUACCUGAUCUGUAUGGGGGGAAUCGCUUUGAAUUUUGGGCUGUUAAUAUUUAGAAAUCAAAAAUUAUGGUUAUUUGUGCAUAUCCUUAUUACAACCAGGAAAAAUGC